CCUUUGUUUAAUGCAUAACAAACAUACCGUUAUCAUCUGUUAUAUCAUUAUUAGAAAUAUUUAACGCCCGAAAUUUUUUCUAAUUUUUAAUUUAAAAAGUAGUUUAAAUUUAUAAUCCAACAGCUAUCACAAUAAUAAAUAAAAGGAUAAACUUCCUAUAAAACAAUUAACAUUGUAGAUUAUUACCCUCAAAGGCUCAAACAAUAAAUAAUUUUAUGUCAUAUGAACUUAGGAAAGAAGCAAUUGGUGAGUAACGUACCAUUUAUAUUGCACCCCCAUGUUCACUUUUGUUGAUUACGUGUCUUUUCCUUCUAUCAAAAACCCUUCAAUCAAAUCUUAUCGUAAUCCCCAAAAUUUACAAAAACCUUCGAAUUUUAAUCUAAAUCUCCUUCCUUAUCAAUUCCCUUAUCACCUCACAAAAUUUCUCGUAUUUUUGUAAUCUAUUUUUGAUCGAAUUAUCCCCAAAACCUCGAAUCUGUUGAUCGUGUGUUUCUUGGGGAUUUUUUUGAUUCCUUCAAAGUUUUCAUCUUUUUUUAUAACAAAACCGUUAAUUCUUUGUCAUCGUGUGUGAUCUCUUGAGCCCUAUUGAUAAACCAUAUAGAGAGAGAGUGUGUGUGUGUGUAUCUUUGUUUAUUGAGUGACACCAACAAAAAAGAGAUCGUGUUUUGAUUAUUUUCCUUGAGAUUAAUAACAUGGCUUGUUGCUUGUGUUUUGGUCCCGGUCGGAAAAUGAAGCUCCAAGACAAUUCUGAUCAGAUAUCCAUACGUAACCAGGCUAACCAGCCAUCCUCCUCUUCUGCCCAACCAGCUGCAACAGUAGCAAUACCUUCGUCAAGUUCACAAACAGUAGUGCAAGAUUCUGCUAGAUACAGAUGUCAGAUUUUCUCAUACCGAGAACUCGCCAUUGCGACUAACAGCUUCAGGGAAGAAUCUUUGAUCGGAAGAGGUGGAUUCGGAGCUGUGUAUAAAGGAAGGCUAAACAAUGGAAAGAACAUAGCUGUUAAAGUGCUUGAUCAGUCUGGUGUUCAAGGAGACAAAGAGUUUCUUGUGGAAGUCCUAAUGCUCUCUCUCUUGCACCACCAAAACCUUGUGCAUUUGUUCGGUUAUUGCGCUGAAGGCGAUCAAAGACUCCUUGUCUAUGAAUACAUGCCUCUUGGAUCUGUAGAAGAUCAUCUUUACGAUCUUAGUGAUGGUCAAGAGGCUUUAGAUUGGAACACAAGGAUGCAGAUAGCCCUAGGAGCGGCUAAAGGGUUAGCGUUUCUUCACAACGAAGCAACACCUGCGGUGAUAUACAGAGAUUUGAAAACUUCAAACAUAUUGUUGGAUCAUGAAUAUAAACCGAAGCUCUCUGAUUUUGGACUUGCUAAGUUUGGUCCUAGUGGUGAUAUGUCUCAUGUCUCUACUAGAGUUAUGGGAACUCAAGGGUAUUGUGCACCAGAGUACGCGAACACCGGGAAAUUGACGCUGAAAUCUGAUAUUUAUAGCCUUGGAGUUGUGAUGUUGGAGCUUAUCACUGGACGCAAAGCUCUUUUGCCCUCAUCCGAAUGCGUUGGUACUCAAAGUCGCUAUCUUGUGCAUUGGGCACGACAAUUGUGGUUGGAUGGCAAAGUAAUGCAGAUUGUAGAUCCAAUGUUAUUAACAAAAGGCCGUUUAUCGAGUAUCGUUGUUUUUAGAAGUAUCGAAGUGGCAAUGAAGUGUCUAAUGGAAGAAGCAAACGCUAGACCAUUGAUCAGCGAGGUCGUGGAUUCUCUAAGAUAUAUCGUUGAUCACACAAUGAGGAAAGAAAGGAGCAGGCUUAGACGAGAAGGAAAUAUGGAUGGGGCGGGGACAUCGAGCUCACCGGAUGAGACGAGAAGGAUAUUUACGGUUAGAGAAGAAGGAGAAAGUCCUGAAGAAGCUAUUGAGAGAAGGAGACUAGUCGUGGAUGAUGCUAUUUCUUGGGCCGGCGUGAAUCGGCCGAGAGGGACUACGCCACCAACGCCGAGUCCAUGAAAGUGAAGAAACUUUUUUAUUUAACUGUUUUUCAAGUUAUAUUUGGUUCAGUUUGUUGUUGCCUGUUGGUCACCAUUUGGUGUGACUAUUGUUAGAAAAUAACUUUUAUUAAACAUCUAUAGAUAGUAAUCUAGUUAAUACUAGAUUUAUGUUUAUUUUUAUGUUACUAAGAUCACAUUUAUUUCUUACAAAUAUCGGAUAGAGUGUCUAGAGUAUAGAACGCUU